CAGGCGCAGACUGUGCGAGCGGCUCUAACGGACCCUGCGAGCCCUCAGCCCAGGAUGCUGCUGCUGGCCCCCGUCGUGCUGCUGGUGCUGGUGGUGGGGGGCAGCGCUGGCUCCCGGCUGGAGGUGAUCACGAAGCCCAUCUCCGAGGCCCACCUUGGCACCAAGGCCCUGCUGCCAUGCCACUUCAAGGUCGAGGGGACGGUGGCCCUGUCCUCCCUGCGCGUGACCUGGUAUUUCUGGAACGAGACGAUCGCACGGUAUGAACACGGCAGGAACCGGACACAGCACGGACCCGAGCUGCCGUCAGACAGCGAGCUGCUGUGCGGGGACGCCUCCUUGUUGCUGCACAAGGUGACGGUGUCGGACGAGGGCCUGUACACGUGUGUCGUGGGCUACAACACGCACCAGUGGCGUGGGAACACCACCCUCCAUGUGCUCGCUGCCCCGACCAUCUCCAUGUACAAGCAGCUGGCGGUGGGUCGCGCAGAGUCCGCCCUCCUGUGCCACGUGGGGGGCUUCUACCCCAAGGACGUGGAGGUGGCGUGGCUGAGGGACGGGCAGGUCCUGAACGGCUCCACCCGCUCCAGCCCCCAGAGGAACCCAGACGGGACCUUCAGCCUCACCCUGACCUACACCUUCACCCCAGUCCGGAGCGACACCGGCGCCGUCUUUGCCUGCCGCGUCCAACACCCGGCGCUGAAGCAGCCCCUGGUCGAGGACAUGCCCCCGGACAGCACAGGCAUGGAUCUGGCCAGAGCUGUGGCUGGAGCCAUCAUUGUGGGCAUCGUGAUUGUCACUGCAGCCGGAGCUGUGUACUGCUGGACGCAGAGCAGAGGUGGCAUUACCGAUGGUGGCGUCACGAAAGGGAUAUGUGGCAGACGCAGGUGAAGGCAGCGUUCGCUGUCCGCUGCGUGGAUUUCGGGGCAGAGGUCCGCGUGGAUGUCUAAGGAAAGAUCAAGUCUUUGGAUGGGCGGCACAACCCAGGAGCAACGCCUGCGUAACCCGUCUGAACAGAGGGCGAAGCAGUGAAGAGUCACCUUAACGCGCUCAGUCUUUGGUGCCUGUCCGCUUGUACUGUGGCAGUCCAGCUCGUGAAUGGCUUUGUGCCUAGGGGAUGGUGCGUAGUCAAUAAAGCUCCUGGGUGUUUGCCGGG